GUAUCAACGAGGGGAGUGCCUUGCCCCUCGUCAGCGGAUUAGAUAGGGGGCAGGCAGCAGAGGUUCCCGGCUCCUUCGCGGCGCUGCUUAUCUCCCGCUCCCGGCUCCCCUCCUCCCCCGCGCCGCGAUGAACACAGCCAUGGCCACCACCUCCUUAUCCCUCCAAGGCCGCCCAUCCCACGCUCCCACUAGGAAGCUCUCCUCCCCGUUCCUCGGAGCCCCCGCGUCCUUUCUCCGGCCGCUGGCUCCCACGCCCGCCGCCGGCCCCUCCUCGCGGCGGACGCUUGCCGUCAGGGCCAUGGCGCCUCCCAAGCCGGGAGGCAAGCCCAAGAAAGUGGUGGGCCUUAUAAAGCUGGCGCUCGAGGCCGGCAAGGCGACGCCGGCGCCGCCCGUCGGCCCGGCGCUCGGUGCCAAGGGAGUCAACAUCAUGGCGUUCUGCAAGGAGUACAAUGCCAAGACGGCCGACAAGCCCGGCUACAUCAUCCCCGUCGAGAUCACCGUGUUUGAUGAUAAGAGCUUUACCUUCGUCUUGAAGACCCCUCCGGCUUCAGUCCUGCUACUCAAGGCUGCAGGUGUCGAAAAAGGUUCAAAAGAGCCACAACGGCAGAAGGUGGGAAAGGUAACAGUGGAUCAAGUGCGUGCAAUAGCUCAAGAGAAGUUGCCGGACUUGAACUGCAAGAGCAUCGACUCUGCUAUGAGGAUCAUCGCUGGCACCGCCGCUAACAUGGGCAUCGAUGUUGAUCCUCCAAUCCUUGUUAAGAAGGAAAAGGUCCUCUUGUAGUUUGUUUUUGCUGGCACCACCAGUGCCCAUUUUGAGAUUAUAUGUGAAAGGACCAAGAUGAUCAAAAGAGUGAAUUGAGUUUCUCUAAAAUAUCUUGUAUAAAUUAAUGCCUAUUAAUGAGUCCAUUUCACCCUUUGUAUC